AUGCUCAAGGAAAAUCAUAAAUCAGAUCCAAAUUCGAAUUCGAAGAAGAGUAGCAUUUCAGAGCGCUCUUCCAACCCUAAGUCCCCCCCGCACUUCGUCAAUUCUCGCCGGAUUCAGGGUUUUCCCGCGCGGUCGGUGGCGGCGGAGGACUCCUUCGCUCGCUGA